AUGGGUGCCUACAAGUAUAUCGAAGAGCUCCAAAAGAAGAAACAAUCAGACGUUCUUCGUUUCCUCCUCCGGGUCCGAUGCUGGGAGUAUCGUCAACUGAACGUCAUCCACCGGGCUUCUCGUCCAUCUCGACCUGACAAGGCCAGGCGUUUGGGCUACAAGGCCAAACAAGGCUUUGUGAUUUAUCGGAUCCGUGUUCGUCGUGGUAACCGGAAGAAACCGGUCAAGAAGGGUGCCACCUUCGGUAAACCCGUCCGUCAAGGUGUGAACCACCUCAAGUUCCAACGCUCCCUCCGAUCUACUGCUGAGGAGCGAGUCGCCAGACGUUGUGGCAAUCUGCGUGUUCUCAACUCUUACUGGAUCAACCAGGACGGCGUUUACAAAUACUUCGAAGUCAUCCUUGUCGACCCGUCCCACAAGGCUAUCCGUCGGGACCCUCGAAUGAACUGGAUCUGUGACCCUGUUCACAAGCGCAGAGAAAGUCGUGGACUUACCGGUGCAGGCAAGAAGAAUCGUGGUAUUGGCAAGGGACACCGUCACAAUCAUCAACCCAAGAAUGCCGUCUGGAGACGACACAACACGUGUGCAGACACCAACCCGGAUCCAUCAUCUCGCGGGUUGAAGUCAGACGAUCCGACCUCGCCACACCACACGGGCUCAGGGCUGCUCAGGGCCGGGCCGAAUACUGAUCCCCGCUCUUGGAUGAGGACGAUCGGAUAUUAA